GUCUCCUCCGCAGUGCACCGUGAGAGUGUUCCGGUGCUGUCCGUUAGGUGGCAGUGGCGGCUGCGCACGUAUCCCGGCGGCAUUAGAAGAAGCAGGCGGAGUUCCGCACGCUUUAGGAGGUUAGCUGGUCGGGUAUUAAAAGUGAAACUUUUCCGACAUCAUGAACGGAUCCGCACACAGCGCGCCGAGCGUUGAAGAAAUUACGCUGAAAAGAGGCCCGGCUGGUCUGGGGUUUAAUAUAGUGGGUGGGGUGGACCAGCAGUAUAUUAUGAAUGACAGUGGAAUCUUUGUGGCAAAAAUCAAAGUAGACGGAGCGGCUGCACUGGAUGGACGUAUGCAGGAGGGAGACAAAAUUCUUGCGAUAAAUGGCCAGAAGUUGGACAAUCUGUCUCACAGUGCAGCAGUGGAGCUGUUUCGGUCUGCAGGGGAAGAUGUGCAUCUUCGCAUACAGCAGCGACCUGUCAUGCAGAACGGCCCCACCAGCUCUCGUGCCGAUGGAGAAUCUUCAUCUGCUUUUGGCACAUGGACAAUGUAUACUGUAGCUGCCCUGGCAGUAAUAACAGCUGUAGGUUUCAUUGCUUACAAACGCCUUCAUCGGGGGUCCCGGGGCCCGUUUUAAACCCAUCACAUGAAUACAUGACAUUUUACAGACUAAAUCUUUUUUUCUUUUUGUUUUGAACUGUCUCUGCUGAGGGCCCAAACAUUAACAGGGAGCGAAAAUGGAAAGCAGUUAAUGUUAGCAGAACUUCCAGGUUUUCUUUAAUUGUUUAUACCAUGUUAUGAACACACACUUGUAGCUAUAACAGGUUUUCACAAUUCAUUUGGUGAUAAUCACUGGCGCUUAACCAGAAUACCUAUCAUGCCUGAUGACAUUGCAUAUGGUGGAAUAAGGGAACAGGGAUGAUGAGCACAGUGUUUGGAUCAAGAGCUGCAGAAAUCACCAUAAUCUGAAUUAGUCAGAAGGGGCCACAGGCAGGAGACAAGAGGCCGAAGUGGAGCUGUGUUUCUGGGCAGAAGACAGGCCCACAGAGGAGUGCUUUUUUCGUCUUGUACCUCCAGAGCGCUGGAAUGAGCCCAAGGUGUGCCAUUAGAUUUUUUUUUUUUUUUGAGGUCUUCUCAGGUACAUGCUUGUGCAAGUGUAUGUUUGAAAGCAUGCAUGAUGGGAAUGGAGUUAACUUUUUUUUUUCGUUUUUAAUACUUUAAUUUCUCACUCAUCCAAGUUCAGACAUGCAGGAUGCAUUUCUGUGGCUGCAGUAAAGAUGGGGCAAGUAAGGACGUUUGAAUUGUUUAUUUGGCCUUGUAUUUGCUCUUCCUCCCUAAGAGGAAAAAAACUAGAGGUGGCACUUGUUAGAAUUCACAAUCUGAAUGAAAAUGUAAUAUUGUUGAUAUUGUAUAUGGCUUGUGUUUCUGGAAUCGUCUAGUCUCUUACACAAAUGGUUUUCUGCACCUCUUUCAACUCGUGCCUUGCCACAUUGAGCUGCUGGUCUAAGUGCUGCUCCCUGUCUGCUGUUUUAGGGGUGGCAGCUUGUGCUUUUUCUGUAAUAUCUGUUCUGUAACUGACAAAUGUGUGUUUGUGUUAUCAUGGCAGUUCCUCUCCAAGUCUGUGUGGAUAAAACCACAUGUAAAGUCUUCAUGAAAUGCUCAUCCACGUUUCACAGUUAGAAUAAUGUUGCCAUUCACAUGCAUCAUGUAUACACAUUUAUGUCUGUGUGCUUCUAAGUGUUUGAAAUGUGUAUACAAUAAAAACAAUUCAAAUGGCUCAAAAGAA